UCUCCAUCUCCUUCCUUAUUAUUCCUUCGAGCAGAACACCCCCAGCCUCAACCAGGGAAAAACCCUAGCCGCCACCACCGCCACAGGGAGGAGCCGUGUUUGCCGCCGGCCGUCGCAGUCAGGGGCUUGUCUCCUCGAGUCUUCGUGCGUCACAGUCAGGGGAGUUCUCCAAGUCUUCGAUCUGUUCGCAGUCACCAGUUGCAGGCGCACCGCUUCUUCCUCCAGCUCGGCUGUCGUCGUGUUGUCGCCGUUGUUUGUUGCCAUCUGUCGCAGUCAGGGGUUUGUCUCCUCGAGUCUUCGUGCGUCGCAGUCAGGGGAGUUCUCCAAGUCCUUCCCGAUAGUGACCUUCAUCACAGUAACAUGUUCAUCUGAAAUGUUUGUUUUACAGUUUUAAAUGGCAAAGUGAUGCGAAAAGUGAGUGUGGAGGUUGUGGGGUUGGGAGCCCUAAAGCUCACUAGAUUCCUUGGAUAACAAAUGCAACAGAAUAACAUUGAGUUUUGAAUCAAUGUACACUGUUCGAAUGCUGAAAGAGGAAAUGAUGGAAAUCAUGAAGCUCCAAGAACUGCUAAAGUGAAGCCAAUUCAAGAUGAAAUUCUCCCACCGGUGGAUGAACUAAAAGAAAUCUUUGAGUGCGCCGUGCCGUCGGCGUCGCCACCCCGUCUUCUCAGACGCAGAACCAAUUGCCAGUUGUCCGCCGUUCCUUCUUCUCAGAACCGGUUGCAUGAAGUUGCUGCUCCUUCACCGGUCACCAAUUCGUCUCCGCUCCGCCACUCCUCUGGCCUCUUUGCUGUGCUUCCUUUCCAUCGUCGGCGCCGUUCCUGGCCAUGUCAACCGUCACCAUUUACUAACCGGUUCCAGGGACUAAAUUGUCUAACACUAUAACAUCUUUGAUGGUUAGGGAACCGAUCUGACAUUUCCAUAUCGUUGACAGAGGUUUAAUCAUUCGAAAAAAUGGGAAAACAAAAGCAAUUACAAUCUUGUUGAGCCACAAGAUGCAUGGUGACGGUGCACCUAUGUGAGCCAUGCUACCAAUAGCAACUGCAUUGCACCCAAACACCCAAAGCUUUGAACAACACUACCGGAACCUUUGCAACACGCUCCUGUCCCUCACCUAUUCUCGCUCCCUUCCAAAGGGGCUUCAGCUCCACGCCCAUAUCCUCAAGACUGGCCUCAACUCCAUUCCUCUCCUCUCGCAUCACCUUAUUAACUUCUACUCGAAAACUUGCCUCCCCCACUUCUCCCACAAAGUGUUUGACGAAAGUCCCCAUAGAACCUCCACCACAUGGAGCUCCUUAAUCUCUUCUUUCGCCCAAAACGAACUCCCAUUGCUUGCUCUACACUCAUUUCGCCGCAUGAUCCUUAAUGGGAUCCGUCCAGAUGACCACACCUUCCCCAGCGCCACCAAGUCGUGUGCCAUAUUGGGCAAUCCCCACAUUGGGGAAUCAGUGCAUUGUCUCGCCCUCAAGACUUGGUAUGUGGUUGAUGUGUUUGUUGGGAGUUCCAUUGUUGAUAUGUAUGCCAAGUGUGGCAAAAUUUGGUGUGCGAGAAAGGUUUUCGACGAAAUGCCCAAACGAAAUGUUGUUUCUUGGAGUGGGAUGAUAUAUGGGUAUGCGCAGAUAGGUGAGGAUGAGGAGGCUCUCGGAUUGUUUAAGAGGGUGAUGGGUGAGAAAGAUGUUGGGGUUAAUGAUUUUACUUUGUCUAGUGUUUUGAGGGUUUGUGGAGGCUCCACAUUGCUUGAGUUGGGGAAGCAAGUACAUGGAUUGUGCUUUAAGACAAGCUUUAAUUCAUCGUGUUUUGUGGGGAGUUCAUUGAUUUCUUUGUACUCUAAGUGUGGGGUUGUGGAAGGAGCUUACCAGGUUUUUGAGGAGGUGAAGGAUAGAAACCUUGGCAUGUGGAAUGCAAUGCUGAUUGCAUGUGCUCAGCAUGCCCAUACAAGUAAAACAUUUGAGCUUUUCAGGGAGAUGGAGAGUCUUGGGAUGAAGCCUAAUUUCAUAACUUUUUUGUGCAUGCUCUAUGCUUGCAGCCACACUGGAUUGGUUGAGGAGGGCCAGUAUUACUUUGAGAUGAUGAGAGGCUAUGGCAUUGAACCAGGGGCACAACAUUACUCCACAUUGGUGGAUUUGCUUGGCCGUGCCGGGAAGUUGCAGGAAGCAGUUCAGGUGGUUCAAGAGAUGCCUAUGCAUCCAACAGAAUCUGUCUGGGGAGCUUUGUUGACAGGUUGUAGAAUACACGGGAACACUGAAUUGGCAUCCUACGUGGCUGAUAGACUUUUUGAGUUGGGCUCAUUGAGCUCAGGCGUUCAUGUAUUGCUCUCUAAUGCUUAUGCUGCUGCUGGUAGAUGGGAGGAAGCGGCAAGGGCAAGGAAGAUGCUGAGGGAUCAAGGAAUAAAGAAGGAAACUGGUUUGAGUUGGGUGGAGGAAGGGAAUAAAGUUCACACAUUUGCUGCCGGGGAUAGGUCUCAUGCAAAGACCACGGAAAUCUAUAAGAAGUUGGAGGAGUUAGGAGAAGAAAUGGAGAAGGCUGGUUAUGUUGCAGACACAUCUUUUGUGCUGAAAGAGGUGGGAGGCGAAGAGAAGAAUGAGACUAUAAGGUAUCAUAGCGAAAGGUUGGCCAUAGCAUUUGGCCUCAUUACUUUCCCGAAGGAGCGACCAAUCAGAGUGAUGAAGAAUCUGCGUGUCUGCGGCGAUUGCCACACUGCAAUCAAGUACAUUAGCAAGUGCACUGGGAGGGUGAUCAUUGUGAGGGACAAUAACAGGUUCCACCGAUUUGAGGAUGGGAAAUGCACUUGUGGAGAUUAUUGGUGAUCAUAAUGAUGCUGAGUGACACUAGAAUACUGAUAACAAAAUUGGAGCAGUUCAAGACUAUAAUUCAUCGUUCUUGAUGAACCGUCUUGUUGUUUGAACAUUUUCAUCCUUUAGUGAGCAGUGGAUAGUGGAUACUCAGGAGGAAAGAUAUGGAGUUGAAGGGAUGAUUUUCACUGCUUAAUUCCGAAUUGUUGCAGAAUGGCUGUUUGUUGGUCCUUUUAAACUAGUUUAGCAGGUUUAGGAGCAGUAGUGCUAGGCCUAGCUGCUGCCUAUAAAUGCUAGAGGUUAGUUAGUUUUCAGUUAGUUAGAAAAUUCUGUAAAAGUGUGUUAGUUCAGGAGAUGAAAAUUCUCUCUAGUAAUUGAGGAAAACUCUGCACGCCAAUAGGGAUUGUGAUUUACAAUCCCUAGUUCAUCAAUUAAACCCCCUAAUUUUGCUAGUUCCUUGAUCCUAUCAAAUUGUCAUGUUAUUCUUGGUGCUGUUGCUUUCACACAAUCUCACCUAAACUCAUUCUCAUGUCAUUCAUGUUAUUCUCAUUUUAAAGUUAAUAUUUAUGUUAUCUCCACUCUCCCUUGUCAAUUACUAUUUUCGGAUGUAUUUUGGAAAUUACAGGAUGCGAGAUUGUUGAGGGCAAUUGGUUUGGCUAAACAAAAGGAAGGAUUAUAUUAUCUCAUUGUGAAUGCUAUGAAGGACAAACCCACAACCACAUUAGGUCCCAACUUAUUAAAUAAUGCCAUUACCACACCAAUGACAAACAAAAAUAUAUGGUUUGAUAGGUUCUGGCGGUGGAAAAGAGCAAAAGAUGUACAAUGCAUGAUGAGUUGGGACAGGGAAGCGUCUCUGCAAGAUGUCUGUUGACAUUCGCAAUGAGGGUUCUCCAACUGAUU